CGAAGGCGCUUCCGCAGGAAGAAGGAAGCGGCGCCGCCGUCGCCUCCCCGCGCCCUCCCCGCCUCCUAGGUCCCUCGGCCGCCACCAUGUCCGCCUCGGCUGUCUUCAUUCUCGACGUCAAGGGCAAGCCCCUGAUCAGCCGCAACUACAAGGGCGAUGUGCCCAUGAGCAAGAUUGAGCACUUCAUGCCUCUGCUGGUGCAGCGGGAGGAGGAGGGCGCCCUCACUCCGCUGCUGAGCUACGGCGAAGUCCACUUCUUAUGGAUCAAACACAGCAACCUCUACUNUUUUGAGACCAAGUCUCACUCUUGUCCCCCAGGCUGGAGUGCAGUGGCACAAUCUCGGCUCAUUGCAACCUCCACCUCCUGGGUUCAAGUAUUCUGUGAAUACUUCAAGGAGCUGGAGGAGGAGAGCAUCCGGGACAACUUUGUCAUUGUCUAUGAGUUGCUGGAUGAGCUCAUGGACUUUGGCUUCCCGCAGACCACUGACAGCAAGAUCCUGCAGGAGUACAUCACUCAGCAGAGCAACAAGCUGGAGACGGGCAAAUCACGAGUGCCACCCACUGUCACCAAUGCUGUGUCCUGGCGCUCUGAGGGUAUCAAGUAUAAGAAGAACGAGGUCUUCAUCGAUGUCAUAGAGUCUGUCAACCUGCUGGUCAAUGCCAACGGCAGCGUCCUGCUGAGCGAGAUCGUGGGUACCAUCAAGCUCAAGGUGUUUCUGUCGGGAAUGCCUGAGCUGCGGCUGGGCCUCAAUGACCGUGUGCUCUUUGAGCUCACUGGCCGUAAGUAUUUAGGGGACCUCUCUUCUGAGAAGUGCACGCGGCUCUCACGCUUUGACAAUGACCGCACCAUCUCCUUCAUUCCGCCUGAUGGUGACUUUGAGCUCAUGUCCUACCGCCUCAGCACCCAGGUGAAGCCACUGAUCUGGAUUGAGUCUGUCAUUGAGAAGUUCUCCCACAGCCGUGUGGAGAUCAUGGUCAAGGCCAAGGGGCAGUUUAAGAAACAGUCAGUGGCCAACGGUGUGGAGAUAUCUGUGCCUGUGCCCAGUGAUGCCGACUCCCCCAGAUUCAAGACCAGGGACCCUGUUAUGUCUGAUGCCCCUGUGUUCCCUCAGGGGGGCAAGGAGUACUUGAUGCGAGCCCACUUUGGCCUCCCCAGCGUGGAGAAGGAGGAGGUGGAGGGCCGGCCCCCUAUCGGGGUCAAGUUUGAGAUCCCCUACUUCACCGUCUCUGGGAUCCAGGUCCGAUACAUGAAGAUCAUUGAGAAAAGUGGUUACCAGGCCCUGCCCUGGGUUCGUUACAUCACCCAGAGUGGCGAUUACCAACUUCGUACCAGCUAGAAGGGAGAAGAGAUGGGGGCCUGAACAGGAGGCUUCCUUACAGCCCCGGCUGCAGAUUUUAGGAGGGAAGGUGCGGGCUUUGCGUGUCUCUGAGGACAGGCCUGGACUUGGCAGUUUCUUGCUCCCAGCACCGGCCCCGUCCUCACCUCUUCCUUACUGCAUAGGCUGGGAGAGAAACUCUCUCUGCUUCCCUCGCCCUUGGAGCUUUCCCUGUCCCCCUGAUUUUAUAUGAAGAAAUAGAAAAGGGGCUUGAAGUCCCCGUCGCGAGUGCCUUUUUGCAAUGACCUGCCUUAGCGGGUGUUGCGGGUCCCUCCUUCUUCACAGCUGCUGAGCCCAGAGGCCCGGCUGGCCCCUCCUCUGAAUUUUAGGAUGUCAUUAAAAAGAUGAAACUA